AUGGUCGAAUUUGCCAGCAGUGUGAAAGGAAUAGCGUUGAAUCCUGAGAAUGAGAAUGUCGGUAUCGUCGUAUCCGGUAACGACGUUGCCAUAAAAGGAGGAGAUCUGGUCAAGCGGACUGGAUUGAUUCGUGCCACACGCCAUUUUGUUCAUGGUUUCGCCCUUAUAUCCCUGCCUUUCACUUGCAAAUCUCUUUAUCACACAGACAGAUCUGGAGACCAAAAGCAGAAGGAAAGCAUGAGCGUGUCAUUUGGGAUCUUCAAGCCCGACAAUGGGGACGACGUCGACGAUGUACUUGUCCACAUGACAGCCGUAGCAGCUUCUUUACAAAACGCCCGCAACAUCAACGUUGCUAUUUUCAGGUGUCUCGACUGUUCAUGGGCUGCUGUCUUUGCAGUAGCAAAGGAGGGAUCGCAAAGCGCUGACAGAACAGCCUUGAAUCUGCCAGAGGCAGUAGCGUUUACCGAGGGACUAAAGUGCGAGGUGAAAAUAGUGGACUCGGGUUACUUCACCCUCAAUUCCCAGCAGACAAGCAAAGGCGAACUCUUUGCGCAGCUGUCGUUGGGUGAUAUCGUGAGCGUUCGCAGAAUACACUGCGGAUCCAAGAGACAAGAUAUGCUCUCUUACUCCUGCCUUGCCAUUCUCAAAGCUUAUUUUAACCGGCUCAAUGGCGUAUAUUCGUAUUCCUUCUACGACUCGCUGGACGGGAAGCGGAUUAUCGGUUUGGGUGUGUGGAAUAACAUUCAGUCUGCGUUGGCCAUGGUGAAGUAUCCAGAAACCAACCCUGCACUACCGUACUGGAAAGAGGGUGGGGCAAAACAGCUAAAGUACCAUGUAUGCCAGGUUGUCUAUGCAACACAAACUGUUUUCACCACAGAUUGCGAUCCUGGGUUUAGGAUAUAAAUUUUUCCUACCCAUUUCCAGGAUAUUUGUUUGUAUCCAGGGUGUAUUACACUUUUUAUUGAAGGAAUCUCGUGCGCAAGAUGCACACAAGUUCCAUCCAAGACCAAAGAUGCAAAUGUAAAUAUUGUAAUUUGAUCAGAUGGAAUAAUAAUUUUUCUAUACCAAUAGACCAUCUCAAGCGUUCUUAACUAAA